AUGAGUGCACAAUGUUUAUCCUGUAUGAGAAUAAAUAUGGAUGAGUCUGACUAUUGGCGGCCCAACCUCGCCUGGACAGCUGGUAUUGAAUUGUUCAAGCCUAGCAUGAAGACCUUCGUUCCUGGCAUUGAGUCCUUCGUUUCAACCCACAGCUUAGACUUACUUUGCAUUAACCAAAGGGUUAUACACGCAUCAGUCAACGAGAAAGAUGUUGUUCUACACUGUCACUUGCUGGAGCACUUCGUUUCAAUCAAGCCCAAAAUUGACAUCUGGGCCAUGAGGCAUAUGAUCGAUCCAGCUGCAGCAUGGACAUGCUACAUCAAUAUGGGCGUUCGUCGACUACUAGAUUGGUUCAAGGCAUCGUAUGAUGGCCACGUCGAUCUGAACAGAGACAUUCCUCCCCUUGAUGUUCUUCUCGUGUGGCAUGCGUUCUUGCAGGAUCCAGUUGCAUGGGGUGACUUUGUCGAGGAGUCACAACUCUUAUUUUCUCAGUGGAACCCUGACGAAUUGUCAAGAGCCCUUGACAGCAACAGGCAGGGACUGUUUGAGCCAUCGCCGGAUUGCAUGGACAGGAUCAAUCGUGUCUACCACGAGGCAGAUGCCCACAGCCUCAUGAAUAUGUCGGUUGAUUAUGUUUUCUCCGCCAGUCCCAAUGAAAUGACUCAAGAAGUGAUUCAAUUAUUCUCCCAGAAGCGACUGAACCACACCGUCAUGACGCCAAGAGGUCAACGAAAAUUCUUCUAUGACUUCCAUAAAGCCAUCCAGCGUCAACUUGACCUCGCAGAACAAGAUGUCAAGUUCUCCUGGCAUCGCAUAUACGUGUCUCGUGAGGAUAACGAGCGGGCGCUGAGGCCUGCUAUCCUGCGCUACCGGCGGGUCUUCACUCUGGAAAAGUUCGGAGAGAGGAUUGGUUACUGGCGGUUCGAAUAUCCAGAUCAUAUUCGAUUUACCGAUUUCGAUAUCCAUCUUGUCUGGAGAACGCACAAGCUCGCGCCCCAGAAAUAUGAGCGGUUCUGUAUCAAUUACUUUGGUGGCCUGAUAUACAUGAUUCCGGAUCCCCCUAAUAACCAAGAGGGGAUCUCCCGCCGCAAUAGUAAGGAUCAGAUCUACGAGCACUUGUUUGGCGAGGAGUACGCCUUGUGUCUCUGUUGGCCAUGUGUCAAGGGAAGAAGGGACAAGCCUCUAGGCUGGCGCUAUUUCGAGCGGCUCACCAGGCCAGCGGUGAAGACACAGUUGGCAGCGGAGAUGGACCGUCGCCGCGCCGCAGCUGUGAGCAUUCCUCUGGGCUUUGCUGAGAAGCAAUGUCGCAAAUGUGGCUCUCACCCCCGAAGACAUUGUCGAAAGAAGGACAUGAUUGAAGCCUCAGAAACAAAGCUUCUGACUCUUGGGCGCUCAGUGUCAGGCCGCGUUCCGAUGCCUGGAACAUCAAUCACCUCUCCCUACACUCCUAAUCGGUGCGAACCCUCCCCUGUUCCGUUCAGAGACUUAGGAAUGUCUCCGUAUCGUUCUGAGAUUCUGGACCAAACCCCUCUGCAGUCUCCUUUGCCUCCAGCAGCAUCAGCCUCGCCGACUCUAGAGCCAACACAGAGAAACAGAAACAUGGAGCUUCGAGCCUGUAAUCGAAGCCAUAAUUCUACCCCCGACCUCACCGUCGCAUCUACACGCUCAGGUGACAGCGAUAUCGAAAUCGGUCCUGGUUACUACACCCUGACAAAGACCCUGAGCAUGUAUCAGAUAUCUGCAGACGAGAAUGGAUUCACUCCACGCACCGGCAACAACAGGAAUGCCGAUGCAACAACCGAUGAUCCACGAGACAGAUCUAAUGUUCCAACAUCAAAUGGCCCAGAGCCCGGGGCGUGGUUAGCUGGUUAA